AUGGAGGUUCUCCUUUCUGCAGUCCUUGGUGAGGUGACCACUAGAUCCAUUAAUUUCCUGAUCAGCAAAAUCACCAAGCCGAUGCCACUGAAUGUGGAGGAUGGCCUGCGCAGGGUCCUGCUCCGGGCACAAGUGAUCAUUGAAGAGGCCAUGGGACGGCACAUCACAAACCAAGCCAUGCUCCUCCAGCUGGUUAUGCUAAGAGAUGCCAUGCACCGCGGCUACUACAUGCUGGACACUUUUGGAUACCAACUUCAUGAUGACGAGGAAGCCAAAGAUCAGGCUGUGAGUUGCUACUCAUCUUCGUAUAUAGUAAAUUCCGUAAAGCGUCUAUGUUUCCCCAGGAGAGAUGCCUUGGCUUUGAAAGAACUGCACAAGACGCUUGACAAUUUGAGCUCCACUAUCCUUAAUGUAAAUGAGCUUGUCCUGUCCUUGACAAGCUAUUCUCGCCUAUACAGACAGCCUUACAGCAUGCAACUCCAGCUGGCCAACUGCAUGUUUGGCCGCCAGAUGGAAGUACAACUAGUCAUCAACUUCCUAUUGCACACACAACCUCAUUGUGCUGGAGAAUUAGAGGUCUUGCCAAUUGUUGGACCAAGAUAUGUUGGCAAGAGCACCCUUGUCGCUCAUGUCUGCAAGGAUGAAAGAGUCUGUGGCCAUUUCUCAGAAAUCUUGUUUUUCCACAUCCAUGGUUUCACAGAUGAUGAGCUAGCUACUUUCAGAAAAGGAUGUGCUAAAUUUGAAAAUGACAUGUCAGAUUCGAACAAAGAUGGAAGAUUGCUAGUUGUUCUUGAGUUAGAUGGGAAUCUCAGUGAAGAAGCAUUGAAUAGGAUGUAUUCUGCUUCUAAACAGUAUGUGCCAAGGGGUAGUAAAAUCAUACUUACAAGCUCGUUUGACAACAUUGUAAAGUUUGGAACAACAAAGGUUCUGACCCUGAAGUUUCUGCCCCAUGAGGCGUACUGGUAUUUCUUCAAGACACUUACACUCGGAAGCAUGGAUCCCGAGAUGCACCCGAGGCUCAUGCACAUGGCCAUGGAGAUAGCCAGGAUGCAUAGAAGUUCCUUUAUUGGCGCAAAUUUCAUUUCUCGUUUGCUGAGGGAUAAUUUCGACCCCCGAUUUUGGUUCAAGUUCGUGGCCUUCUUUAGAGGGUUCAUCAAUCAGCAUAUCUCCAAAUUUGGUGACAAUCCGCUUGAUCUUCUAGACCAAAACAGGCCUGCACAUCUUAGUAGAAUGGUUGCGCCAUCUGAAAGUUUGUUGAUUUAUAAUUGUCAGCAACGCUCUUCAGAUGAGGAAGUUCCAAAGAUAAGAAUGGAUGAUGUGAUGUAUGGAAGCAUUAAGCCUCAUGGGAAAGUUGAGGUCCUAAUAUGGAAGUCUCAUAUACCACCAUACUAUAGCUAUAUCUAUACUUGUGAGAUCCAGGAGAUAAAGAACACAGGUGCCAAGCGGAAGCGCUCUAUGGGAGGGAUGUAGCUUUUAUAUUUUUGUGAUGUGAUUACCAGCCUUAUGUCAUGUAUGAGGGUAUUUAAACAUGUGGCUGUUAGGGUGUCAGCACUCACAAGAACAACAUAAUAGCCGCUAAAGGAUUUGACAGGUUACAACACCAUUAUUGAACUGGACUGCUAUAUUUAUCAUGUGUUAAGUUUCAGUAAAAACAGAAUAAUGUACGAUGUGUACGCACAGAUUUUCUUGAAAUGUAAUGAAUGCUUCGUGUUGGUUUCACUCCAUAUAUUAAGAAGAAUUGCCAGUCUUUGCUAUCAGGUUCAAGCUUUCCUUUCGUUCAGUUGAACCAAUUUUGCCAGA